AUGGCGGCGCCGUCCAGAGGCUGUGAUCCGCGUCCCUCGUUGGAUCCAGGCAUAUUUUUUCCCGAAGGCAGCCGACCCCCGCAGCCGCUUUACGGCCACGGCUUUCUGCUGCACGGCGCCCGGGCAGUGGGGAAGACGUCUCUUGCCUUCCAGGCAGCCAUCAACACCGUCCAGCGUACCAGCGGUAGCGUAGUAGUGCUGUGCCAGGAGUCUACGCUGUACGCCAAGGCGCCGCAGCCCUUCACUCCACUGAGCUCCUUGUCCGAGUCGGCCCUCGGCCGCAUCGAGUUCAUCUAUGUGGAGGGCUGGACGGCGGUGCUGCGGGAGAUGAUGGGAUUUCACACGACUCGAGCAGUGCCGACGCUGUUGCUCGUUGACGACGACGGUUUCGAGGUGACGGUGGCGGCAGAUCGCCGCGGCAAGCGGUCUGGGCAGCACCCAGACGUCCUCGUCGAUACCGCCGCCGCCUCGUGUCUCUCCUAUUUGGAAAACCUUCAUGACUGGAUGACCCGCCACGAUCGCCCUUUCUUCUGUGUCCUCGUGACAAACCACCUUCCGGAACCCGCAACGCAGCUGCCGCUUCCCUACGCGACCUUUCCGCUCGUGAAUGUGUGGGUUGGCGCGUCGGCGACGGUGCAGAUCACCACAACCCAAGCCUGUGGCGCAGCAGAGGUGGUGUCCCCGCCUGCGUAUCUUACGUGGCAGAAUGGGCUGCGCAUGAGGGGCUGA